AUGGCGAACGAUGGGGAAGGCGGGGUCUUUUCUGCUCCCCGACGCAUUCCGCAGAACACAGACAAAACAGGCGCUGGCCAUCUGAGUGACGAAUCCGGGUCUUCCGUGUCGCAGGGCCACCGGCAGUGCGUGUACUAUCCCGCGUUCGAAGUCUCCGAGCUCUGGACGUUUCCGACGCUCUCUUCUGUUCCCGCAGUCUCCAACACGACGCCUGUCUCGCCGCACCCCGGUGAGGGGAUCUGUACGCCUGCCAGGCCUGUCAGCGAAUCCUCCGGGGACGACCUGCCGUCUCCGUUGAGAGACGCAGCAAGCAGCGACGACGAGCACGACGAGAGCCGCGGGCACGUGCGUGACGCGCCUUUGUGCGAAGAGAGCCUUCGAGAGGAAACGGACACACAGCCCGUGGGUGGGAGGAAGCGACAAAUGCAAAGGGCGACGCAGAAGGGAGACUGGAGACAGCGAAAGCGGGCGAAAAUCCCGGAGCUCGUUCUGCCGGCAAUCCCCUGUGGAGAGCCGUACACCACAGUCAUCCUCGUCCCGCUUUGCCUCGCAUGCGUUCCUGUGUCGUACGGGGCACGUCGUUCCUCCUGUCCUUCGUCGGGCUAUGCGCCUGCUCGGCGGCCGGAGCAACCGUGGUUCUCAACGGAGUGUGCGGCGACGUUGAGUUUCCGGAUGGCCUUUGCCUACCUGAGUCGGCGAGAACUGAGGCGACUCCCAGAGCGAGGUGAAGUGGGCGACGGCCGAUCGAAAAGCAGCGAGAGAAACCACGGGGGAGGCACGGCAGAAGGCACGGGACAGGAGAGACGAGACCCGCGGGCGAGCGGGGAGGCGGAACAAGCAGGGAAAGCUGGGGAAGAAGAUGCCAUCCUUUUCUGCGCACAGAACCUCCUCGUUGACCACCCCCCGUUAGAGCGUUUCAUCCUCCCUCCGCACUGUGGGCGGGGGCGAGAGAGAGAACCGUACACGGGCCGAGGGCGAGGCUGCAGUUUCCGUGCGAGUUCGUCGCUCCCUUCUUCGUCUUCAUCAGCCUCGCGGUUGCCCCGGUCUGUCUCGCCUUCUUCGUCGGCCGCCAGAGAGUCCCCCUCCUGCGCGUCUUCUUUCCUUGCCUCUCGUUCAUCUUCAUCGCCUGCUGCUUCCCACGCCACAUCGGCUUCGGACUCGUCUGUCUCCUCUUUGAUUCCCUCCCCUCCUUUCUCUUCUGAUUCCUCUUCGUCUCUGCCUGCCAACGUCGACCCCACUUGCGCUCCGUCCUCGCGGGUUCUCGCCGACCAGUCGACGGAUGUUUCGGCGUUCUCGGAGACCUGUGCUGCCGGCCGGCGACGGGGGCUGCCUGGGACGAACACUGCGCUGCAGGCUCCUAGAACGGAACACCAGAUAACUCGAAACCCUGAGGGGAGGCACGCAAAUCUCCCCCCUCCUGCCUUUUGCGAAAAGGACAUCUCGCUCUCCUCUGCCGCGCUGCGGAUUCUGUCUCGUCUCCACGUCAAGUAUGUUUCCACAGCGGAUCAACAUGUGGGAGGCGGCUCGUCCGGCCUCUUCAACGCGUCCGUCUCUUGGGCGUCAUCCUCCACGAAUCUCGGCGCCUCUCGCGGAAACUCUCGGCCGCCUCACAAAACGGGCCCUGGCGCACAACUGCUGAGUCUCCUUUGUUGUCUGCCGCUCCUCGAGCCUUCUUCGCGGCCUUCCUGCUUCUUCUUCCUCUCGCCCUCCGCGCUUCUGGCGUCGCCGCCUCGCGUGUCCUCGGCCGCCUCUUGGCUGCCCUUGUCUUCGGAGCGCGGGCCUCCUGGAGGCCUGACGGCGAGCGGAUCGGCUUCGACUGCGCAGGAGGGACACAGCCUGCCCCGGUGUCAGCCUCUCGCGUGUGAGUCCGCUCCUGCCCGUCUCGUCUCCACGGUUUUUCUGGAGCCUUCGACGUUCCCGCUUGCCUCGCUCACCUUCACAACAGUCAACACGUGGGCGUUCUUUCUCUCGCUGCUCGUUACGGUCUCGUCGAGCUCACUUCCUGCAGUUGAGCCUUCGUCGGAGGCUGGGGGCUCUGUCUCUUUGGCCGGCACCGCUCCGGCGUCUGUGCGGCCGCGCCUGAAGCGAGCCUUGGUUUUCGUGCUUGAGUUUCUUCCCACGUCCUGUUGCUCUGCAUGCUGCAGCGUGCACCACGGGAAACGCGAAGCGUCAACACGGCGCGCGGCCCGUGCAGGUUCCGCGAAAAAAAAAGAAUCUGAAUCCGACGCGGGAAACGCGGGAGCGGCGCUGCGAAUCCGAGAUGACCAGGGCCAAGCAGAUGCGGCCAGGCGUGACGAGGCCGACGACGGGACUCGCGCAGACACGACAAAAGACAAGCUUCCUUCCCAGAGCAGUGGGGAUAGACUGAACAGACGGAAAGACCGAGGACUCGCGAGAGCAGAUGGACCAACUUCCGUCAGAGACGAAGCGAGACGGGGCACGCGCUUUCAAAAUGGCGAGGCGACCAAAGCAGCGAGAGGCGAGAGCCGGAACGAGGGAGAAAGCCGGGACGAGGGAGAGAACGAGGGAGAAAGCCGGGACGAGGGAGAGAACGAGGGAGAAAGCCGGGACGAGGGAGAGAACGAGGAAGGCCUUUCGUGUGUUCGUCUCUGUGGUGUGGAGCGCAGUCCAUUCAUACGUGUAUGCCGGCAGAGAUUUUCCCGCGUCGUGAUGCUCCUGCCGCCGCGCCCUUCGCAAGACACCAAACACGAAGAGGACGAGGCGGCGAGCUGGAGAGAACAAGAAAACGCGCAAGACGAAACUCUCGAUGCCGAGCGUGCAUGGAGGGCAUGGAUUGAACGGGGACGUGUAGCCGAACUCACGAAUCCGGGACUCCGUGUCCCUUUCUAG